CAUGUCUACAAAUGUGUCACAUACAGAAAAAGAAUUAGAUUUAAGUAAUGCUGGAAGAGGCGUGUGGCUUGUCAAAGUACCUAAAUACAUAGCAAAUAAAUGGGAGAAAGCACCUGGCAAUAUAGAAGUUGGCAAAUUAAAGAUAAUUAAAAAUCCUGGUCAAAAAGCAGAAGUAUCACUUAGAUUGUCAGAAGCAGUGUUAGCUUUAAAAGAACCUGGAGAAGAAGAAAUUCCAAAACAGCAUAGAUUAGAUGUUACAACAGUAACGAAACAAAUGUUAGGUGUAUUCUCUCAUGUUACACCUUCAAGUAGUUCAGAUUCUAUAGUUCCUGAAACUGAAAAACUCUAUAUGGAAGGAAGGAUUGUACAAAAAUUAGAAUGUCGUCCAUAUGCUGAUAAUUGUUACAUGAAAUUAAAAUUACAAAGUAUUAAAAGAGCUUCUGUACCACAAAGACAAGUUCAGCAAUUAGAUAGGGUAGUUCAGAAUUUCAAACCUGUUUCUGAUCACAAGCACAACAUUGAAUAUGCAGAGAAGAAGAAGGCAGAAGGUAAAAAGAUGAGAGAUGAUAAAGAUGCAGUAUUGGACAUGUUGUUUGCUGCAUUUGAAAAACAUCAAUAUUAUAAUAUAAGAGAUCUUGUAAAGAUUACAAGGCAACCAAUUGUGUAUUUAAAGGAAAUAUUGAAUGAAGUUUGUAAUUAUAAUCUAAAAAACCCUCACAGAAAUAUGUGGGAAUUAAAACCAGAAUACCGGCAUUAUAAAGAGGAAGAGAAAUCCGAAGGCAGUCAGAAGAAAGCUGAUGAAUCAGAUGACGAUUGAAGUUAAAGGUAUUUAAAGUAUUAGAAUAAAAUUUAAAAUAAAGUAUUUUACACUACUUGACAUCUGAGGCUGUGUGAAAUUAACAAUGUUUGAACAAAUUUUUUUAGAUGUAUAUUUACACUGACUUUAUUCCAUUGUAUCAAUAUAGGGGAUAUACAUAUUUAAGACUAUAUAUCAAAUUAAUUGUUCGUUUAUUUUUUUAAUGUAAAUGGUCGAAAAUUGAAUCAACCAUGUUUUAAUAAAUAUUACAAUCUUUUUAUUACAACAGGGGAAAAUUGUAAAUUUAUAGAGCAUAUAUUUAUACUUUAUACAAGAAAAAUAUUAUUGCAUUAUUUAAAUAGGUAAUUGUUACAAGAUUUAUAAAUAUUUCUAAAAUUGUACAUAAAAGACAACAUAUUGUAUACGAACAUUAAAAUACUUAAAAAAUAAUAUAGUUAAUUAUUAUCACUUCAUUUAUGAUAAGUACGAACAAAUAUUUUUUUCCAUAAAUAAAGCAUUAUAGAAUGAUAAUUAUCAAAUGCUGAUUUCACUGUUGGUUUAGUUGUUUAAAUGUGUGUAUUUUACGUAGAACACAAGCAAAACGAACUUAUGUAUCUAGUUGACAUAAACUGACUAGAGUUGAUUGCACAUGGCCUUCUGUUAUCGGAAUGAAUAGUAAAGUUAUAUUUACUAUAUUGUUGUAAAUAAUGCAAUUAUAAAAUAUGUGCUUUAAAAUAAAAAAAAUAAUAUUUACUA